GCUGCAGUCUGAUCCAUGUAGUCUCUCCGGAACACUGAUGAUCGUAAAAUUGCAUUUAUGAGCAUGAUUACAGACGCUUUGGGAUCUAUGGAUGAGCAUUCGCAAAACUGUCACAAACAACACUUGUAUUGCGCAGGACUGAAACUUUCAGCAAGUGUGCAUAAAAGCUGAGUGAGCGCUCAUUCGCUGCAGUAUAUCUCAGUUGCCUGAAGACACUCAGACGUCAUCAUCAGAAUUCAUCCACCAUGGGUCACCUAACCUCUGCAUUACUGAGGGGUCUCUCUCUCCUGCUGGUGUCCCGGAGUGUGUUUGCCAUGGUGCUGUUUAAUGCCACAGAUCUCGGCAUUCUCUUGGAGAAGUACCUGGAUGAUGAUGGAGACUGGAUGGUGGAGAGACAUCGAAGCAAGAGGGCCAUCACUGCUAGUGACAUGCAAGCAAUCCUGGACCUCCACAACAAACUCCGGGGUCAGGUCUACCCACCAGCUUCAAAUAUGGAAUACAUGGUGUGGGACACUGAACUGGAGCAGAGUGCUCAGGAAUGGGCAGAGACCUGCCUGUGGGAACAUGGCCCAACUGGCCUGCUGCCUCAGAUUGGUCAGAACCUGGGAGUGCACUGGGGAAGAUAUCGUCCACCUACUUCUCAUGUACAAGCCUGGUAUGAUGAGGUCAAAGACUACUCGUUCCCAUAUCCCCAGGAAUGUAACCCUCACUGUCCUUUUAAAUGCAGUGGUCCAGUCUGUACCCACUACACUCAGCUUGUUUGGGCAACUAGUAGUCGAAUUGGCUGUGCGAUCAAUGUGUGCUACAACAUGAAUGUGUGGGGCCAGAUCUGGGCAAAAGCUGUUUAUCUUGUGUGCAACUACUCACCAAAAGGAAACUGGUGGGGAUAUGCCCCAUAUAAGCACGGCACCUCUUGCUCUGCCUGUCCACCCAGCUAUGGAGGAUUGUGCAGAGAAAAUCUCUGUUAUAAAGGUGAUGGAAUUAAUAGACAAAGCACACCAGAGGAAACAGAUGAAAGAAAUUCUAUAGAACCAGAGGCACCUCACAGCCCUGGGCCCCGUUUACAGGCCUCAAGUCCAACCAGGAGCCCAAAUGUAGUUGUGAGCAAAGAGCAAAUGUCCCAGACUGUGACAUGUGACACAAAGCUAAGAGACCAGUGUAAAGGCACCACAUGCAGUAGGUAUGAGUGUCCUGCUGGUUGUUUAGACAGCAUGGCAAAAGUGAUUGGAACGGUGUUUUAUGACAUGCAAUCCAGUAUUUGCCGGGCAGGCAUUCAUUACGGUGUCAUUGACAAUGAUGGAGGCUGGAUGGAUGUCACAAGACAUGGCAGAAAGGACUUCUUCAUCAAAUCAUACAAAAAUGGACUUCAGUCCCUUGGGAAAUACCAGAGUGCCAAUGCCUUCACAGUAUCCAAAGUGACAGUAAAAGUUAUCACAUGUGAGACUACAGUUUCUGUGCUGUGCCCUUACCAAAAGCCAGCAAGACACUGUCCAAGGAUUUACUGUCCUCGGAAUUGCCUGCAAGAAAAUCCCCACCUUUCUCGAGUCAUUGGUACCAACAUUUAUUCAGAUAAAUCUAGUAUAUGCAGAUCUGCAAUUCAUGCUGGCGUUUUAAGCAACGAAUCAGGUGGUUAUGUUGACGUGAUGCCCACAGACAACAGGAAGCUGUACAUUUCCUCGUACCAGAAUGGCAUAGUCUCAGAAAGCCUGCAGAACCCCGCGGGAGGCAAGGCAUUCAAAGUAUUCGCUGUUAUUUAAGCAUGUGCUGAAAUCGCAGUCACUCAAUCAACUCGUUGUGUUGAUUAAGCUGUAAUAGUGGGCCUUUUCUGCUCUAACCAGCCUAAAGUGUGUUUUCUUUCACACAAAUGUUGACUGAACUAGGUGUUUGCUGUAUAGAUGGAGACCCUUUCCAAUGCAUCAAGCUGGUUAGCCAUUGUAUUGCCUAAAAAUAAUUAGAGGAUCAUUCAGGGAAUCACAAUUCAUCACAUUACUACAAUCUUAUGGUGUCAGUAUUGCAAAAAAAAAGCACUUACAGAGUUUUAAUCUACCAUUAUGUUACAGUUUUUCUAUGCUAUGUUUUUCAUUUUCAUUUGUUUCAUUAAAUGUUGGAGAAGUUCUGUCACUUACCUAUAGAUUAAUUUAAAUUUUUUUCACUAUGUAUUUAUUUUUAUGUAUUUUCUUUUCUUUCUUUUUUUUUGCAUAAGGGCAAGAAAGGACUGCUGAUAAGGAUUUGAUAAAGUUUUUUUGUGAAUGUGGGUAUAAUCCUGCAGGGCAGGAGAUUACAUCUAAAAACAUGCAACCAAACCUUGAAUGAAACGUCCACAUCAUUAAACACUGUAAAUAGCUUGUUGUGAAUAGCUUCUUUAUAGUAUUAAUUGUAAAGAGGUGCUACAUUUAUGGGCAUUGUGCACUGUCUCAUAAAAACAGCUGUAUUAUCAGUUAAUGUUUUCCAAAACUAGCUUUUAUAUUAUGUCAGAAUAAAUUUGAGGUGCUGUUUGUAUUUCUUUAAAAGGGAUAAUUCACCAAAAAACGACAAUUUUGUCAUCAUUUCCAUACCAGUUUGAAUUUCAUUCUGAACACAGAAGACAUUUUGAAUAAUGCGGGGAAGCAAACAAUUGACGGUAGCCAUUGACUUCUAUAAUAUGGAGAAAAACCACUAUGGAAGUCAAUGACUACAGUCAAUUAUUUGGAAACCCACAUUCUUCAAACUAACUUUAGGGUGAGUAAAUGAUGUCAGAAUUUAUAGACCGAAUAUUUGGGUGAACUAUCCCUUUAAUGUGGUUCUCAACUGGUUUGGUUGCAACAAAAAAUGAGUCGUAGGUCUGUUCUGAUAUGGAGAAAAAUAACCGUAUAAUUCUGCAUAUUUAGGAAAUAUAGCUAAAUAAAUAAGCUUAUCAUGUUUUGAAACAGAGGGGGAAUUUUUAUAUUGUGUUUUUGUGCAUCAGCUAAAACUGAACAUUGUCAGAACUUUAGUUGUUCUGACAAAGUUCUGGAAAGGUUCUCUCAAAGUUAACAUUACUAGAAAUACAUUUGUUCUUAAUAUAAUAUUCUAUCAGAGUUGAAUAAUGUUCUCAGAACAUUAGCACAAAAGCAUGAUGUAUACAAUGUUCAUGGAAUGUUUUAUUUCUGAACCCUUUAUUUUUUAAAUGAAGAACAUUCAGUAGUCAUGUAUGCAAGUAAAGCUUUAUUCUGCUUAAAUGGGACUUCAAAACUAUUUGAAUCAGACAUAUAUGUCAAAAAAGGUUACAAUUGGCACUUUACACUCUCCUCCCCUUAAAAUGUCUGUUAUAAUGUCCAAAUGUAUGCAUAUGAUUAUAUAUAAUUGUUUUUUCUACCUCACAUUGUUUAAAAACAUUUUACAAUAAACUUCAGUAAUCAGU